GGAACUCCAGUAACCCAGACCCAGUGCCCUGUCAUUGGGGGUCACGCAGGAGUCACAAUCCUACCCCUCCUCUCCCAAGUGGAGCCGAGCUGCGAGUUCACAGACGAGGAACGAGCAGCCCUCACGGUUAGGAUUCAGAAUGCAGGAACUGAGGUUGUGGACGCUAAAGCAGGAGGAGGCUCAGCUACUUUGAGUAUGGCGUACGCUGGAGCCCGAUUCGCGUUUGCUCUACUGCAGGCCAUGAACGGUGCUAAGAAUGUCGUGGAAUGCAGCUACGUUGAAUCAGACGUAACAGAUCUGCAAUUCUUCUCGAACCCCCUUCUUUUGGGACCCCACGGAAUCGAAGCGAACCUCGGAAUGGGAACCCUGAUCGACUUCGAACAGGAAUGUCUCGAGAAACUGAAGCCGGAGCUGUCAGGUAGCAUCGCUAAAGGAGUCGCAUUCGCCAACCAAUAAACAAACUACCAUUAAUUAAUUAGUGAUUCGUGAUCUUCAUUAUAAGUAUGGGACCCGAUUACUAGUGUGAUACUGGUGUGAUACUGGUGUGUUACUGGUAGUUACUGGGAGUUGAUUGCACACCCCUUGACCUCUCUAUUGAGAGAAAGUUACACUUAAUUGUUAUUGUUUAAUUUAUUAAACUUGCAUCUAGCUUCAAAUAUUCGAUUUUACAACACUAAGAUCACCCUUCAGUCUUCGCUGGUUUUAGCCAAGUGACCGGAAGCUCUUAUUUUGGUGUGGAUUAGGAUAAAUGAUUUGUUUUGCCGUGAAAGUUUUGUACACAUGUUUAGAUCAAUACUUCUUACACAGAUGUAAUAGCAAA